AUGGCUGGAAAAACGUUUACCAACAAGUACGAACUUUUAAAAAAUGUCAUCAAGCAAUGGAAACUUGGUGUUGAGGUAGAACGUUUUCCAUUGACAGAGACAGGUGAUACUACAAAACCAUCACAGCAAAAUUCUCAAGACCUUGGUGACAUACAAUCCACUAAGAUUAAGUCCCAUGAAGAUCUUCCCGAGUCAGCUCCUUCCUCAACUAAGGUAAGCGAUUGUCCACAGGUUGUGGAAGUCAGUAAACCUGCAGAUACUGUAGUUCAACAGAACGUAGCCCCUCUCCAAAGUCAGAAUAUGACUUCAUAAAAAUGCCCCCUAAAAUGAGGAAGAGGGGACGUCCUAAAGGGGCGGAACUAACCGCAAUUGGACUCCCCAAAUGCAAGAGAAGUAAAGAUGAUGGACAGAAGUUAUUACCAUUAUCCAAACUAAAGGUUGGUGAAAAGUCCUGGAUAAUUCUAGAAUGUCUAACCGGAAAAUUGGCCGCUGCCGAAUGCUUAAGUGGAAAGCGAUUGUUGGGUGAUGAUGAUUUGUAA